GCAAGCAUCCCCGGCGGCCGGAGAAGGCGCGUGCGCCCCGGUAGGCACGCGCGGAUUGGCCGGUGAUGAUGUCAUGCAGUACUCCCCUAAGUCUCUGAUAUCAUCUGCGGGCUUUUCUGCAGUCCACACCGACCACUCGAGCGGCGUAGCCGCGUCAUCGGAGAUAUUGCAUCUGUGCUUAACAUUCACGCCGUGCUAUCCGGUCUGCGCCGGCCGCGAGCCCCGGAGCCUGAGUCCUGCUGCAGCAUCCCGGCAUAUAGGUGCAGCUGUGAGAGCGUACUUAGCUAGGGUACAACGACCGGUCUCGCUGUGCGACGAUUACAGCUUACCAGUCGACUUUGUGAACAAGAGACGACCUGCGAGCGCUGCAGCUGCAACCUCCACGGUGCAAUGGGCGCUGCCGAGUCCGACUGUGGAGAAUGCGGAAGUCGAGGUCGUGGAACAAUACAGCGACCCUAGAGACAGCAAGAGCAAGGCGUACGUGGAACCGGGAGCGGAGACGUCCUUGCCGGCGAUUUACAGCAGAGCAAAUCGCAACUACUGUCGACCUUACACAGAUCCGUCGGCAUCUGGUUCAUCGUGCGAAGACGACGAAGAAGGCCGGCUCGUCAGCGUUCGGAAACGGAAGAGUAGUAUCUACGCUUCCUCGACUCGCGCCCCGUCCGCGGAUCGAGACACUUUAACGUCGACCGAUGGCUUGCUCGUGGACUGCGUCGCUCUAGUACAUCUCGCUGACCAAUCUCCGACCGAGCAGAAUCAACCGAUACGUCAUCCGUCGCCGUAUUACUACGGCGAUCUUUUCAAAGUCCCGGAGCAAUUGUCGAAGUCACAGCCGAGUAAAUAUCGAAAAAGCGUCAGUCUCGAUGUACCGGGCGAGCGUUCGCGCACACCCGGUAUACCGAAGAGAAACUCGGUAGCGGGUGAUGGAGGUUCCUAUUCGACUCAGCAACGGCACUAUCAGCAGCAACAGCCGCCACCGCCGCCGCCGCCGUCGCAUUAUCAUAGCCAAGAUCUGGUGAGCCCCACGUCGGGGAGCGAGCAUGCUGUCCAAGCCAGAAGCGAGAUCCUCUCGUCGUGCAUCAUCACCGAGUGGGAUCACACCCUCAUGCCUCCUCAUCGACUGUUGAGCCAUGAUUUGCCUACCGCCGUUUGUACCUGCGUCGCAUCGCCCGAGGAGGAGGAGGAUGAGCUAGACCGACGGCAGCCGCAAGUGGCGCGGCAUCAAGUGCGCAAGCUACGACGUACGCGGAGGAUAGACCCGCAGCCGAUACUCGUUGAGGACGAGGACGACGUGGAGGGUGAGGACGAGGGUGAGGAGGAGGAAGAGGAAGACGCGGAGCCCGACGAGGAGGACGAGGAAGGGAUGGCCAGGCAACGUCACCUCUACGAGACGGCCUUCGACUGCAAGGUCAAUCGAUCCGACGACGACCUCGAUGAUCUCGAUCGCGUCACCAAUCAUGCGGUGUUGCAUUCUCAGAUACGGAGCGGUAGCACUGCUCUAGCGAGCCGAACGAGUUCGUCGACGGAUACGUCGAAGCAACAACAUCAGCAAUCACUUCCUUAUGCCGGCCAAUCGCAAACCAGCAAGGACCAUCGACGCAAAGUCGUACUUCUCCGCCCAAAACCGAUUCCGAGCCGCUUACAGCAGCAGCAGCAGCAACAGCAGCAGCAACAGCAGCAGCAACAAUCGCAGCAGCAGCCAGACAAUAUAUCUACACUGUCCCAGGAUAUCGAGUCCCUCCAGAUCAAUUCCAGCGAUGAGAAAACCGGAUCGCCGAGACUACCGGCGCGCGAUUACACGCCGUCGCCGCCGUCGACUGCGCCUCUACCCGCGAAAUUUCACGGAAACCGAGACCAUUUGCUAUUGAACAUUCGCAGCGCGCCGAACCUACCUUCGCAGCCCGAUCAUCCUCGUUUGAAGGAUAUGAGACUGCCGGUGAAGUCGUUGCGCGCCAAGGACUCGCCGCAGAGCAGCGAGGGCAGCAUCCUCGAGAUCAAGAGCCGGCCGAAGUCCUUCGUUCAAGAGAACAUCGAUUCGUCGCAGGGCCGCCGAUUCGAUAAGGAGCUAAUACUGGAAUUCAAGGACAGGCCGCGGGAGGAGAGGCAACGACCGCGCAGUCUGAUUCGCGAAAACAGGCCGAUAAUGGAGUUCAAGGGCAGGCCUCACGAAGCGGAGAACGAGCGCGCGCGGCCGCGUAGGGACGCCGGUCUCCUGGAGUUCAAGCUGCGCAGCUCGAGACGCCGCGCCGGUUACUCCAGCACCGAGAGCAUGGCGACUAGCAGCAGCGGCGGCAGCAUGGAGUCCAUCCGCAGUAGCACCAGCGAGGGCAACAGAUCCACCAGCAGCUCCGACAGCCGACACAGCACCAGAUCGCUGAGUUCUCACAGCUCCGACAGCGGCGGCACCAACUGCGGCUACCAUCAUCACCAGCAGCCAUCGUUGCCCGGCUUCCUGACGCAUCACGCAACCAAGCUACACAUACUCUCGCCGAUCUCCGACAAGUCGUCGCAGGAGCCGGCCUCGGAGACCUCCGACAACAAUCGCAACAACAACUCGCAGAAGGCCUCGCCCGAGGAGAACGCGACGGAGAAUAACGCGAGCAACAAUACCAACACGAACGCGGCCAACACGAACACGGUCACCUCGCCUCUGGACACGUCUUUCAAGAAGAGACGCACGCCGCAGAACAAAAAUCUCAUUAAUCUGGCUCUGCAAUCGUCGUCGUCGGGCGACGCGGAAAUUCAAGGGUCGGACAGCGGUAUCUCCAUCGAGUCCCGCGCCGGUAUUAAAUGCAAGCCCUUCGGCUUCCACUUGUUGAAGCCGCAGUUAGACAAUAUCAAUCUCGUCGACAAUGAACCGGAAUUCUCUGAUCUGCCUUUCGACAUGCCGAAGUUACGGAGGAGGCGGUUAUUAAUGCAGCAGGACGCCACGACUUCCGGAAGUGCGACGAGCGUGGACCUAAGGGAUCUGCCUUUCGAUAUGCCGAAACUCAGAAAGCGCCUGAGAUGUACGCAGAGCACCGAAUCCAGCGCGUCUCAGGCGUCGUCGAGUCUCUCGGUACGCGACGUUGAGCCGCCUCCUUUAUUUGGCGGCGGUCUGGCGCGUCCAAAGAUGACUCUGAAUCUGGACGCCGGUGCGGGGACAAGCGGCGGAAACCUGGGUGGUCAAUUGGCGUUGAAGAAACCCGGCGGUCUGAGUCUCGGCUUACCGCUGGAGAUCACGACCGCUCGAAUAUCGGCCGAUUUGGUCGAUGUGGAGCUUCCGUUGGAGAGACAAGGAUGGUAUCACGGCUCCAUUACGCGUAUCGAGGCGGAGGGGCUUCUGCGAGUCCAUCAAGAAGGAAGUUAUCUGGUGAGAAACAGCGAAUCGACUAAACAAGAUUAUUCUUUGUCUCUGAAGAGCGCUCGCGGUUUCAUGCAUAUGCGCAUUCAAAAGAACGAAGAGCUGAACGCUUACAUUCUGGGACAGUUCAGCAAGCCGUUCGACAACAUACCAGAAAUGGUCCGUCAUUUCAGCGUGAAUCGUCUUCCCAUACGCGGUGCCGAGCACAUGUGUCUCCUGCAUCCGGUCAUUGUUCAGCUUUUGUAGCGCAUCUAUCGUAGCGCCAUUUAAGGCGCUGAGUAACACUUUUGAUAAACCGCUUUUUUUUUAUUCCGAGUGCCGAAGCGCGCGAUCGCAAUGAAUGAGUUUGACACAGCAGACGGGAUGUUACGCCGUAGAGAAUAUUAUUCUCCGAACGAGAGGGAGUCUUCCGAGAGUGUCCACGGUACACGUGGUUGACUUCCGCGUGAACCUUAGUAUCAAUUCGCAUUCUGGUCGAACGAACCAUUCCGCACGAAGAGCGUCAGAGAUAAUGGACAAUAAUGGCAUUGACGGGGAGUACCGUUCCGCCGCGAAAUAUUGAGGGGGAGUACGACAGUACAGUACAAAAGUAUAAACAAUGAAUGAAGAUCGAUCGGGCGGGAGUGUCCGUGCGAUUCGUCGCGCACGGCGUUCAAGUAAACACGAAGAAUCUCUCAGGUCGCUCAGAGUGAGGAAACAAUGCUCACAAUUUAUUAUACCGUCGUCCUUUCGACGACGAUUUCAUUUUUUCGCAUGCCUACGGCCCUGUGUCCAAGUUUUUAUUGCACAAUAGAAUUAAAAUCGGCAGGUGUAAGUAUCCGGACUCGAAAGCGUAACGAUCAGUGGACACGCUUCGUCUUCCUCAAAACAUCGCGCAAACCUACCUCAUAGGCAAACGCAUGUAUCGCGGCACGACGUAUAGAUAGACAUCGCGGUAUUGCAGAAAUACCGUAACAAAGAGUCGGGAAGCGAUAUUACCUGAAAACAGAAUUAUCAUUUCGACGAGCGCUUGCGAUAACUUUUACGAGGGGGAAACAAAAAUACGGAAUUCUGAAAAAUAUAUAUCGCGCGCGAGCUUGUUUUCGAGAAUGUUUCCCGACUGGUUCGCCAACUUGUUACAAACGACUGUUCCUCGAGUCUGCAACUGUGCGGAUUCCGCGAAAGAAACUUUUAAGAUGGGAUCAGAAACGCUGCUUUGCGAAACGGUAAUUUAGGUAAGAAAGGCGAAGGGUGAUACGUAUUUAGGUUUACAAAACGUGGCGCGAGAGAGCUGGAAACCAAAGUAAAGCUAAUCCUAAUAUCCAGAGAUAUGCGCGGCGAGGAUGUGGUGAGCUUGGUACGCGCGGCGAGCGCGAGUAAAAUGCCAAACUUUACUUCUAAUCAUAAUCAUUUAGUCAGGGUUUAGUUGUCCGUCGUCGUUGAUAAGUGAUUAGGUUUAAACCGAUAAGAUAGUUGGAUCGACUAUUGGAUGAGGCGACGAUAUCGCGUAAUCUCACAAAGAAAAUAACAAUGCGUGUUUCUGCGGAGAAACGAUCGAGAUAAGUCGAGAACGCAAAAAAAAGUGGAGAAAGACGAAUGUGGUCAGCCAGUCUGAAUAAUCGGUGGCUCGUCAUCCGAGUCAUCCGUCCGACAGUCCCUUGGAGAUAAUUCGUAGGAGAUUUUUGCGAUAGGAUGCAACCGAUACAUAUUUUUUCAUGUGAUAUUAAUUUGUUACAGAGAUAGCCUAGUUUCACCUGUGAUCUGUUACUUAAUUCCCUUUGUCCGCGCGCGAUAACGAUAAUAAAUAAUUAAACUUGCUAUUUACAUUAUGUAGCCAGCAACGACGCGUCGGUCAGGCGCGAUGAUGAGACGUCCGUGGUGUUACAAUAAUUUUUCGAGUUAGGGAUUCGAUUCGCAGAGGUUGUGAGCGAAUUUACGUUAGACUUUGCGCGACGCGUGAAAGCAAGUGGUUUUGCUUAAUAUUAAAUAGUGACGUAGGGAACCUACGACGACGGGUAGCGAGUGCCAGGCAUUAGAACGGCCGAUAAUCUUGUUUAAUCCUUUGACUGUUAGAUCAGAUAAAGACAAUUAGUUUCCUAAUUAAAGCAAGCAUUUAAAUUCGAUCGCAGGAAUACUUGAAUUAUGCGCGAGGCACUCUCUACUUUUGCGUCCAAUUAGGUUGAGUGUAAUUCAUACGUCGUACUUUAAGCUGCCAGUAUUAUUAACUGUAAUCGAUAAUGCAUAUCCAUGUUAACGUUUAAGACAUUAUUAUUGUCCCCCAUAGCCCGAUCAUUGGAACUAUAAUCUAUAUAUUUAUUUCUUAUUAUAUUUAUUGCAUUGUAUCGUUCGGUAUGGUAAUAACGAGAGAGAUGUGCGCCGUUGAUUUAACCAGGAGAUCAUAGAGCUGUAACUUACGGUAAUUCUAGACUCCGUAUACGUAGAUUAAUACUACUUACCGAAAGAUAGCACGUAAAUUAUAUGGUAGACACUAACUUGUGUAGAUACUUCCUGUACCUUGAAAUUUGUAUGAAGUAGCACUUAGAUCUGGCGUAUACAUACGUAUAUAUAAAUAUAUAUUAUUAUAAAAGAAUAAUAGUGCAUAGUCGUUUGUAGGGUUAUUACAUAAGGUCGAGCAAAGCAAAGUGAGUCCAAUGAAAUAUCUUGAGCGCUGUGCACGCCCUUUGCGUAAGUGAAUUUCGAAUCCGGCGAUGUGCAAUAUUGACGCGGUCUCGUGCGACCGUAACGUGAAGUGCGAUUUAAUAUUUUUGUUUCAGCAAGCAGACCACCAAUGUUCCGAAUCGACUUCACUAGAUAGUCUUGUGUACUCUGGAAAUCUCUCUUAAUAAUAAAAUAUUUAAUAACUCCA